AUGACAUUGUCUGAGAAACCGACGGAUUCGUUUUCUGGUGAACCGGACAUGGCAAUUAUAUAUUUCAGUGCCGAUUCUCAGUAUACAAAAUCGGUGAUGUCAACGGAUAUUGUCGUCGAUUAUCUAGGUAACGUCAGUUGGGCUGCAGCUGCCAUUUUCAAAUCGUCUUGUCCUCUCGACGUCAAGCACUAUCCGUUCGAUCGUCAGACGUGUACGUUAAACUAUGCCAGUUGGGCGUACGACGGGACGAAAAUCGAUCUACUUCUCAAUUCUGAGAGAGGUGACCAGAGCAACUAUAUGAUGAGUACCGAAUGGAAUCUGCUGCGAAUAACUGCAGAGAAAAAUUCGAUCAUCUAUAGUUGUUGUCCUGAUGCCCCCUAUCCAUUCGUAAAUAUUCAUAUCAGUAUUGAACGAAGGCCAAUGUUCUACGUGUUCAACUUAAUACUUCCAUGUGUGCUCAUUAGCGGUAUAGCUCUUCUAGGUUUUUAUAUGCCAUCUGAUUCUGGCGAAAAAGUCACCUUAGGUAUCACUUCACUUCUUUCCACUACGGUGUUCUUGAUGUUAGUCGCGGAAGGUAUGCCUCCUACGUCGGAAGCCCUGCCAUUAAUAGGUCUCUACUAUGGUGUAACGAUAUUUCUAGUUGCCCUAGCCACUGCAAUGACGGUUCUUACGCUGAACGUUCACCAUCAAGGCGUGCAUGGUGGAGAAGUACCGGCAUUGCUGCAACGGAUUGCGUUUAAAUUCCUAGCGCGUAUUCUUUUCGUGCGUAUCGAUCCGUACCACUCGAUCACCCACCACGUACGGUACAUCUAUCAGCGCGAUCGUCUGGAAAGUGCAAAGAAUGCGGAUGGUCACAAACCUGCUCAAUAUCAGACUUCAUCACCAGAAAUACGCAUCAAACACCAGUAUAAAAGCCCGACCAAGCCACGCAUACCGCUUCAUAACAGUCCACCGAGACCGAGGAAG